AUGCCACACAUUACUAUGCCCAUACAUGAUUCCAGUUAUGCCACCUCACAACUAGACAUAUCUCACAUACAAAUUGGUGGCAGAAAAUCAAAACUUGCUGUUGUUCAGCUGGAACUUGUUAAGAAAGCCAUACAAGACAUUUAUCCUGAAAUAGAUUGUUCAAUACUAGCCUUAAGUACAUUGGGUGAUAAAGUACAAACACAACCACUUUAUUCAUUCGGUGGUAAGAGUUUAUGGACUAAAGAAUUGGAGAUUCUUUUGAUGGAUAGAGUUGAUGAGUUUCCUCAAUUGGAUUUAAUUGUUCAUUCACUCAAGGAUAUGCCAACUCAUUUACCAGAAGAGUUUGAAUUGGGGUGUAUUUUUCAAAGAGAAGAUCCAAGAGAUGCUAUUGUCAUGAAGCUGGGUAGUCCCUAUAGACAUUUACGAGAUUUGCCAGCAGGAUCAAUAGUUGGUACUUCAUCUAUUCGUAGACUGAGUCAGUUGAUUAAAAAUUACCCUCAUUUGAAAUUCGAAAGUGUACGAGGUAAUAUACAAACAAGAUUGAGGAAAUUGGAUGAUCCUGAAAAUGAAUAUUGCUGUCUUAUAUUGGCAAGUGCUGGAUUAAUACGUUUAGGUUUGGGAGAUAGAAUAACUUCAUGUUUGGAUGAUGUUUACUAUGCAGUGGGUCAAGGGGCAUUGGGGAUUGAAAUCAAAAAGGACAAUCAUCAAAUCAAAGAGAUUUUAAAACAAAUUGAAGACCCAAUAGCCACUAUAUGUUGUCUCGCAGAACGUUCAUUAAUGAGGUAUCUUGAAGGUGGAUGUUCAGUUCCAUUGGGGGUUCAUUCUGAAUAUAAUCAACAUACACAGAUAUUGACGGUAAAGGGAAUAAUUGUUAGUCCUGACGGUACACAAGCUAUUGAGGCUGAAGUUUGUGGCAAGAUUAAUGACAGAGAUGCUGAUUGUGAACGAUUAGGAAUUGAAUUGGGUGACAAAUUGAAGGACCAAGGUGCUCAAGAUAUUCUUGAUAGUAUAGACAUGACGAGAAUUAAUGCCAAACCAACUGAAGUGUAA